AUGGAAGAGGCUGAGGAAGAGCAAGAGGAGGAUGAGCUCCCCAUGUACCAAGAGCACUACAAUGCUCUCUUCUCCAUGGACUUUGUGGAGACUAAGCACCCACACGAUGACACCAUGAGAGAUCUUGGUAUCUUUGAGGAUGUGGAGUUGGUGCUCAAGAACAUGCAAUUGGGGAAGUUCUUCUCUCACCGCAUGGAGUCUUACAAGGAGUUGACUUGUGAGUUUUUGGCGUCGAUGAAGCAUCACGAGUUUGAUGAGCUCGAUCGAGCUGAGUUGGACCGAGGCUGGGGGUACAUAACUUUCCUAGCAAAGGGAGAGAAGAAGAUGGUGACCUUUAGGCAGCUUGAGAUACUGUUUGGGUUCACCUAUGGAGAAGGUAACCUAUGGAACAUCAAGGAAGAAGAACUCCAAAGAGUAUGGGCUACAAUAGCUGAAGAGGGGUACUCUUCCUCAAGGUCCAAGGCUGCCCAGAUCAGAAGUCCUGUGCUUAGAUAUGUCCACAAGGCUCUUGCAAACACCUUCUUUGCAAGGAAAGCCACUGGAACAAUCAAUGAGGGAGAAGUGAAGCUCCUUACCAUGGGAAUCAAGCCUAUCAUCUCACGAACUAGGGAUGGGAAGAAGAUCAGAGGAGACAGGGCACACGCAGGGAAUCUCAUGCCUCUCCUUGAGCAGCUCCAAGCCUACAAGGUCACAGCUUACAACACUAGGCACCAAAGAGGAAGAAAGCUUAGUGUUGGAGGGGUGAUCACACCAAUUCUUUGUGCAGCAGGAGUUCAAGUGGACAAGAGAAGGUCUACUCCACCAGGUUGGAUGGACAUCAAGUUUUGCAAGACCAACCUCCUCAUUGAGCACAAGGAGUUGGAUGGGAGAUUCCAAUUCAAGUUCACCCACCCCACGGCUGGACUCUCCAAGCUUCUUCUGCCCAACCCUGAGCUCACCACGGUCCUAGGAGGUACAAACAUUGACUUCAGACCCCCUGUGUACACUUUGGUUGGGCAUGAAGCGGAUUUGCAAGAAGAAGAGAUCGAGCUCGAUCGAGCUGAGGAUCGAGCUGAGGCUCAAGCUGAAGAUGGAGUGCAGGAAAGCGCUGAUUUGGGUGAGCCUGAGUGCUAUUACUUUGAGGAGUAUGAGGCUCCAAGGAUGAACCCCUCUGUUGUGGCUGCCCACAAGAGGAUUGGACUUCUCCAAAAGUUCAACAAAUGGCAAGGGAAAGCCAUUGAGAAGAUGCAAAAGUCCAUGGACAAGAUGGUGAGCAAGAUCAAGAGCUUGAGAAGAAGAAAGUUUCUGGUUCUUCAAGCAAGAAGAAGAAGUCCAAGGCUCCCACUUUCCCUAGGAGUAGGUCACUCCUCACCACUCAAAGGAGGACUCCCUGCCCAAGAGCCUCACAGAGCCUCUUCUUUCGAGCCAAGGGAAGGAGAAGACAACACGCAGAGAAGGAGGAAGACUUCCAAGGCCAGACGCUCCAGCUCGACCACCGGACUCGAUCGAGUCCAAACAGAGGAAACUCAACUCGAUCGAGCUGACGGUCGAGCUGACCAGGAGGAGCCCCAGUUCGAGAUCCGGGAUUUGAAUACGAUCCCAUGCCUUACCAGGAGCCUCCCCGGAGUAGAUGGAACCCCUAUGGACAGUACGAGCUACCAAUGCUCCACCAAGGCCAAGGAAGCCACACACAUUUCAACGAUGAAGAAGAGGAGGAAGAGGAGCCACAAGCUCGAUCGAGUGAGCCACAAGAGGCAACCCCAGUUGCAUGGAGUGCUCCUGAUGGCCGUCUCCCAUCUCCAGACCACGACCUAG